UUUUUGAAAUUUAAAAUAAUAAAAAUAAUGAAAUUAUAUAUAAAUUUCGUUUUUAAAUUUCAAGAAUUAGAAAUAUUUACAUAAAUAUUUUAGAUUAUCUCGUAAUUUUUUAAUUAGUUAAAUCAAAAAUAUUUACUUAUGAUCCAUGAUAUAAAAACUAUUACGAAUUAUAUUUAAAUAAUACAGUUACUGGUAUAGUCAAGCUUUAACCUUGUUUGAUAUUAUCUGAUAACAAAGUGAUAUUAUUUAAUUAAAUUGUGAAAAGAAAGUAUAAGAAUAUAGUAGAUUAAUUUUAUAUUAUAAUAUUAUAUAAUUAAUAAGAUUUUUCUUGCUAUAUAAAAUUUAUUAAAAAUUUUUUUAAAAAAUUAAUGUUAUUUUUAUAAUGAAUCUAUAUGCUGAAAUUCAAAAAGUAACACAAAUACCUCAAACAGAUGAAAAUAUUGUAUUCAUACGUCGGAAAGAUUCUUAUGAACAAAAUCUAAAAUUAAAAAAGAUCAAAGUUCCACAAAAUGUAAAUUUAUAUGAUUUUAAUGAUACUAAUGAUAGCAGUGGUGAAAUAUAUAACACUUCGCCUUCUAAGUAUUUAUUACAUGAAAAUGAAAUUGCAUCCAGUAUUAAAGAAGCUAAUUAUGGUAUUAACUAUUCAAAUGAGUAUCUUCAAGAUCAUUGGAAAAUUAGACAAAUGGAAGCUAGUUUAAAUAUUAAAUCUAACAAUCAUGACUGUAAAAAUUCAACUACAGAAAUUCAUAAUCAAAUUACUAUAUUAAAAACUGAUAAUAAAAAUGAUAUUGAUAAUAAAGAUAUUGAGGAUAAAGAAAAUAUUUUAAAAGAAUGUGGACUUCACAAAAAUGCGGUAAUUAGAAGUCUUUUAAAAAGCCAUAUAAUAUCAUUAAAUGAUUUACAAAUACCAAACAAUUGUAAAAAUAUAAAAAUUAAAAAUACCAAUCUGCAGAAUCAAAAUAUUUUUUCAUCGAAUAAUUUAUUACAAAAAGAUACUAUGAAAUUAAUUCAAUGUCCAGAAGAUCCAGAAGUAUUUGUUCAAUCUUUACAAGUUCAUGGUCAUAUAGAUGAGAAUAAAUAUAAUGAUAUCGAUUUUUGUGUACCACACAUAGGUAAAAAACAAGUUGUUACAUCACGACAAUUUUUUAUUAAUAUGGAUGACUCUGAUUUUGAUUUUAUAAAAAAAAAUAUGGCAGAUAAAAAAUAAAUAAAUAAUAUUAAUGUUCAAAAAUAAUAUUUUUUUAACUUUAAAGAAAAUAACUUUUCAAAAGUAAAUACUUUAAGUAGUAGUUUAUUUAUUGUCUGUUUAUUUCAUUACAUACAAAUUUGAUAUAUUGAAUAAGAUUAAAUUAAAAAAAAUGACAUUUUUAAUAUUGAAUAUCAUUAAAUUAAAGAAGUUUGUAUUAUAUUAUAUGGCUAUAUUUGUAAAUUUAUUAAUUAAUAUAUCAAAUAAUUUUUUCAAAAACAUUUUUUAAACAAUGAUUAUUAUAUUUCUUGUUUUUCAAAAUAAAAAUUUUUUUCGAAUGUAUAAAAAAAUUAUAUUUAUGUAAUGAGUCAUAUAUUUUUUAUAUACAUUUUAAAAAUAAAUAUAUAUAUAUAAUCAUAUCAAUUUUUGAUUAUAUAAUUUUAUAGUAUAUAUAUUUUUAAAAAAAUUACAUUUGAAUAAUAUAUUUUAUUUUUAUAUAUUUUAUUAUAUUAUUUGGCCAAAAUUACUACUUUAUUAAUUAGAAAGUUUUACUUUUUUAUCUUAUCAAAAUUCUUCUAUUAAUUUGUUUCUAUGAUAUAAUAUUUAUUGUUAUUUAUCAUUAUUUUCUAAAUUAUGUAAUUGUUUAUUUAUUGCAUUGCAGAAUUUUUAUUUUUUUUGUAGAAUUUUUUCUGUUAUUAAAAUAAGUUUUCAAUAUUUCUAUAAUUAAUUCUUUGUAUUAAAUUUUUUCCCUGAUAAAAAUUGUUUAAAUAUUUGAACAAAAUUUAUUCAAAAAAGUGUAUUAUAAAUUUAUUUAAAAUUUAUAUAAUAUUUAAAAUGCUUUACUUCAUAUGAAACAUAUUUAAAUAAUUUUUAUUAAUUAUUUAAAUUUAUUUACUAAUUAAUUAAAUUGGUCUAUUAAAUGAAUAUCUUGCAUGAAUAUCUAAUCUAAUAUCUGAAUAUCUAAAUUACACAUUUAAAUUAUAUAUUAUAUUUUAAAUUAUAACAUUUUAAAUUAUAUUUCAAAAUGUAUUUAAAUAAUUAAAAUUUAAAAUAUUUAUAAAAUACAUGAAAUUGUGUGCAAGAUGGAGAGAAUUUUAUUUUUUUCUUAUUUGCUGUAUGUAUAAUUAUAUUUAUAGUUAUUUUUUGCACAAUAAAAUUUAUUAUAUUAUUUUAUGCA